AUGGAGGAAGCCAGAGGCCAGGCCGUGCCAUGGGCUGGGAGGUUUGGCUUUGGAGCUGAGUCUGCUGGAAAAUUGCCGCCCAGGUGCAGUGCCUGUGGGCCUGGGGCGGUGCAGGAGCAGUAUAAAAGGGACUCCUUCUGCUCACUCUCACAUCCACUCCUCUGGCCUCCCUCUGCUUGGAACAAGGUCCAUCUCCAGCCCCCCAUGUCCUGCUACAGGCCCUGCCAGCCCUGCCAGCCCUGCGGCCCAACCCCGCUGGCCAACAGCUGCAAUGAGCCCUGUGUCAGGCAGUGCCAGGACUCCACUGUUGUCAUUGAGCCUCCUGCUGUGCUGGUGACCCUGCCCGGCCCCAUCCUCAGCUCCUUCCCACAGAGCACCGCCGUGGGCUCCUCCACCUCCGCUGCCGUUGGCAGCAUCCUCAGCUCUCAGGGGGUGCCCAUCAGCUCCGGGGGCUUUGGCCUCUCUGGCCUCUCUGCCUUGGGCAGGAGCUGCCUGCCCUGCUAG